GGAAUUCUCUCGACGAGACGAAGAAUACUUCCUACCCAGCAAUGCAGCUGAGAAUCCCUACUUGAUCUAUCAGCCACCCUCCGCUUAUUCUCUCCCUUCGCAGAUGCUAGUAAUUGGUAUAGUACUCACGCUAUGCACAGUCCUACUCUCCCAUCUUUGCUUCACCGCCCAAUAUCACUUUCCACUCUCAAAGCUGAAUUAUCUCCUCCAAACGCUGGCUGUUGUCAGUCUAUUAACCAAGGUAUCGGCUGAAUUGGCUUUAAUUUCUAACAAGUUAUACGAGACCGCUUCAAUAUGGCCCUACAUGUUUGAAUACUCUGCGAUCGACGUACCACCUUUAAAUUGGGAUGUUUGGAAAACUGGAGCCUGGCUAGCAAUGCUAGCUAUUGUAUCGGCAUUUGUUAAUGUACGUGUCCGCCCUGAUCUAUUUUUAGAAUCCUUAUCUAAGACACUCUCACAGCUCACGCAUAUUCAAUUUUUAACACUCCUUUUCCCUUCUGAAUUGGAACAGAUUCUAAUCUUUACUCUCCUUGGUCCAUUAGCCGUCGUCGGUGCUGCUUUGACAUUCUGCGAUUUAAGUAGCUCAGAGGAGACGAUAAAAACAGCUGAGAGUAUAAAGAAUGUUUGCAAUUCCACUCUCACUUUGUUAUUUACCGCUGGUUUGAUCAUCUGGGGUGGCAUCAUCAAUAGGAGGAGAGCGUGGAGGACGGAUGGUGGUACCGCAGCCUUUGGUGUAUCUGCAAUAGCAUUAGCAGUUAUAGGAACCUCAGUAAACUUUCUAUUAAUUAAAGAAGAUGAGGUUCCUUGGUUGCAAUCCGUCGAAUGGGCUAUCGUUAUGUGGCAGUCCUGGCUAGGUUUUUGGUGGUGGGUUGGUGCAGGUAUGGGUAUAGGCGAAGUUGAAGACAGGCGCGCUCGGAAAUCGAAAAAGAAGCGGAGGCGGAACAAAAAUAGAACAGUUGAAUCUGAAGUGGAAUCGAUGUUUGCUUCAAACGGAUCUUUAUCUUCUGCACGUCUACGGAGGAGAGCCACUACGACAGCAAACGUACCCUCACGCACAAACACUUUAUCAGACAAUUCACCUGAAACUUCCUCAGAUACUUUCUUAUUUAGACUCUCACCAAGUUAUCUCCUUAAUUAUGUUUAUAAUAGUCUGAGACGCGCUCAUAAUGCAGCUGCAAGAAUCCAAGCUAGAGAACAUAAACGUAAGCAAGAGCAAAAUGAGAGAAGAUGGGGACCUGGUGAAUUUGCCAUGUCUUCUAUUCAUCCUAGUCAUCAGAAUUCUCAAAUUUCAACAACUGAUGAUGAUACUGAAGCACUCACGCCUCCAAAAAGAUCGUCAGGUUGGUUUAAAUGGACAGAAAGGCUUAGGCGACGGCAAACUGAUGAAUGGUGAGGAGUCAAUCCUUAGAUCAACUAGACAUUUGAUAGACAACGUAUCGUUUAACAUUUCUCAAUUUUGUAACUAGACUCUUAGAACUUCUUGCUACUCUUUUGAAUUCCUGUCUUUUUUGUUGUUCAAGUUACUAAUGUUCUCGACUGGCAUUCACGUCGAUAUGAGACUAAUCUGAAAAUUGAAGUAAGUAAAUAUAGUUAAAUUUAGACAAAAUGUACAAAUUGAUUCAGAUUUUUUAGUUCAUGCAAUUAUCUUAAAGUCAUGAGCAAUUUUCGUAAGUGGUUUCUUUAUAUUCAACAAACUGGCUGUGUCUUCUUUGUUAGAUGACGCUGCCGUUCCAUCCUCCCAGCUAAAUUCAAGAGGACGUCCAUCGACCUUGAUUUCCUUAGGUGGUGCUUUCAAUCCCAACACUUCAAUUCUUUCGAUGAACACCUCAUUUCCAUCUUCAUAUGAAUCCCCAGGUACGAUCUCACUGCUCGUUAAUGUCCAUCCCCGGCGAUCUGACUUAAAGGUAAACUGUCUAUCAAUGAAUGCGCCAUCCUGGUAAUCGAAAGUGUGACCAUCAUCUAAGUACAAUCUUCCAUUCGCAUUGCCAUUUUUGUCCAACGCGAUUGUCAAUGUGAGAGGAUCUUUUGACAUCACGCUCGCUGAUCUUCUAGCACGCUGACGAGAAGGUAUAAUGCUACCACCUCUGAUAAAUAAUGGUAAUGAUUCUAAAUCGGCAAAGAAGCUCUUGCGACGUCCUUUAUGUUUACUUCCAAGGCUGAUUUCAUGUGUGAAGUAGUCGUAAUAUGGC